UCUCCGUGAGUAAUAUUGUUAUUGAACCGCCAGGAGUCAACAUUUUACCGAGGUUGAUGCUUGUAAACAAGGCUUGUAACUUUAUUUGUGGUAAGUUAUUUUGAAUUGUAUGUGAAAAUGAUGUCCCUUGCACCGAAGAAGGAUGGGGGUCCGAAUACGAAAUUCUACGAGUCCCCAGAAACAGUAUCAUUAUUCGAUGGAAUAAAGUCAUGGCUUCAAAAGAAUUGUAAAAAGUAUGUCCAAACUGACCCUCCAACCAGCAAGGGAUUGUCUACAUUAGUUAUUCAGCUGAUCCAGUUUCAAGAAGACAAUCUCGGUAAAAAUGUCAGCAAGCCACCUUUGUGUAGACUACCAAUGCGGUGUUUCCUGGACUUCAAGCCUGGGGGAGCCUUGUGCCACAUCCUGGCCACUGUGUACAAGUUCAAGAGCGACCAGGGAUGGAGGCGGUUCGACUUUCAGUCGCCGUCUCGGAUGGACCGCAACGUGGAGAUGUUCAUGAACGUGGAGAAGGUGUUGAUCCAGAACAAGUGCCUCACCAUGCCCGUCAUCUACAUCAAGCCGGACGUGGACAAAAACCUCCAAGCAAAGAUCCGUGACAUCAUCAAAAGGCACCAGGGCUCUGUGACAGGACGGCUUGUGGUUGUAGAUAACGAGGAGGAGGCCACCCACCUCAUCUACCCCAGGUGCGAUCCCCUGGAGGAGGAGUACGCCCGCCCCACCAUGAGGCGAGACCGCAUGGUGCUGCUGCACUGGUACUACUUUCCCGACAGCUAUGACACGUGGACCAAUGUAGAGCUUCCGGUCGACGCGCCCGACUCCCCACCCUCACACUCCAGCUUCUGGCGGGUAGAAGCUAAUUGGGCGCUGGAUCUUGACCAGUAUAAUGAAUGGAUGAAUGAAGAGGAUUAUGAAGUUGAUGAAAAUGGUCGCAAAAUAGUCCACAAGUUGCGACUGUCAGUGGAGGACUUGAUGAGCCAGUCAGAUCCUGACAAAUGUAAGAAGAAAGCAAAGCGCAAGCGAUCACCUUCACCACCACCCAAAGCUGCAAAAAGAAAAAGCGGACGCAGCCCUGGCGUGGGCAUCAACAAGAAGCACAAGCCAGAGGAGGAGGCGGAUGACCUCACAAAGGACCUGGAGGAGCCCCUGCAAGAGCCGAACAUCACGGAGGUGACGGUGCCCAAGCCGAGCUCGUCGUCCAAGCGCGACUCGGAGCUGCAGCCGGUGAAGGGUGGCGCGCUGGCCGACCUCGACGAGGAGGGAGGCGCGGGGGCGGAGAAGGUGGGGCCUGCUGAGGACAGCCCGGGGGGAGGCGGCCGCGGGCCGGGCGGGGACGCCUCGGGGGCGGAGACCUCAUCCGGGAGCAAGGACGACGGCCAGGAGGACAACGUGACGGAGCAGACUCACCACAUCAUCAUACCCUCGUACUCCGCCUGGUUCGACUACAAUAGCAUACACAUGGUGGAGAAGAGAGCCAUGCCUGAGUUCUUCAACGGCAAGAACAAAUCCAAAACUCCGGAGAUUUAUUUGGCGUACCGUAACUUCAUGAUCGACACUUACAGACUGAACCCGACAGAGUACAUCACCAGCACGGCUUGCAGACGCAACUUGGCUGGAGAUGUGUGUGCCAUCAUGAGAGUUCAUGCAUUCCUCGAACAGUGGGGACUCAUAAACUACCAGGUGGAUUCAGACAGCCGGCCCACACCCAUGGGCCCACCUCCGACAUCUCACUUCCACGUGCUGUCGGACACACCAUCGGGGCUGCAGCCGGUCAACCCCCCCAAAACCCCGCAGCCAUCUGCGGCCAAGACGUUGCUGGACCUAGACAAACGAGACUUGGCGAAGAAGCUCGACAUCGACCCGGGAUCCAACUUUGGCUUAAAGCUAGACCAGUACGCACGCAAGCCAGCGGCGCUGCGCAACAAGACGGCAGCCAGCGUGACGCGGGAGUGGACGGAGCAGGAGACGCUCUUGCUGCUGGAAGGGCUGGAGCUGUACAAGGACGACUGGAACAAGGUGUGCGAGCACGUGGGCAGCCGCACCCAGGACGAGUGCAUCCUGCACUUCCUGCGGCUGCCCAUUGAAGACCCCUACCUGGAGGACCACGAAGCAGGUGGUGCACUGGGACCACUUGCAUACCAGCCGAUACCUUUCAGCAAGGCAGGAAACCCGAUAAUGUCCACUGUGGCAUUCCUAGCCUCCGUCGUAGACCCACGAGUGGCAGCGUCCGCAGCUAAGGCAGCAAUGGAGGAGUUUGCCAGUAUCAAGGAUGAAGUUCCUGCUGCCCUUCUUGAUGCUCAUGUGAAAAAUGUAGAAGCAUCGUGCACGGAUGGGAAGUUUGACCCAUCGGCUGGCUUGGCACAGAGUGGGAUUGCUGGCACAGAACCAGAGAAGGAAGAAGACAGAGAUGGGGAGAAGGAGAAAAGAGAUGGGGAGAAAGAAAGUGAUGAGAAGCCGGCAGAGAGUGCGGAGAAGAAAGAGGAGAAGGCAGAGUCAAUGGACGUGGACAAGAAGCCAGAGGAACAGCAGGACCAUGAGAGCAGAGAAGUCAAUGGAGUACAGAUAAAAGAUGAGAGUAAAGACGAGAUGGAAACAGGGGAAACUGAAGAGACGCCAGCUGGUGCCACAAGUGAAGGCGGGGAGACGGAGCGGGAGCGGCUGGUGAAGGACGCACAGCUUCAGUCCGCGGCGGCCGCCGCGCUAGCAGCGGCCGCGGUGAAGGCCAAGCACCUGGCAGCCGUGGAGGAGCGCAAGAUCAAGUCGCUGGUGGCACUCCUGGUGGAGACGCAGAUGAAGAAGCUGGAGAUCAAGCUGCGGCACUUCGAGGAGCUGGAGACGACGAUGGAGCGGGAGCGCGAAGGGUUGGAAUACCAGCGCCAGCAGCUCAUCACGGAGCGUCAGCAGUUCCACCUGGAGCAGCUGAAGGCGGCAGAGUUUCGCGCCCGCCAGCAGGCUCACCAGCGGCUGGCGGCCGAGCAGUCGGCCCCCUCCCCUGCCCCUCCCACGCCCGCCGACUCCCAGCAGCAGGGGCCGGCCACGCCCAGCACCACCCCCACCCCUCCCUCACCCCAGGCCACUGCUGCGCCAUCCCCCUCUCCCGCCCAGCCGUCCCCGCAGCAGCCCACCUAGGCCGGGUAGUAUACUUGUCAUGUGUCCGAGUGAUGCUCGAAUCUCUCAACAUUGUCACAGUGGACACUCGGUGUUUUUAGAAAUUGUUUUUAGAACAUUCCAUUUUGUGUGGAAUUUCGUGCGUGGAAUAGAAUGGUCAUGCUGUAUAAACUACUAUAUAAUUUUCAGUGGUAUAAUGACUGAUAUGCCUUUUCUGCUGUCAAAUGACAUACUAAAGUAGACUCACUAAGCAUUUAGUAUGUGCUUUUUAUGCAUUAUUACAAUCAAAGUUUGUAACAUUGUAUUGAAGAUUCAAAAGAUGAAUAAAAAUAUGUAUUUGUUUUGAGUACAUGAAAAAUAUUCUAUUAAGAAAGUGUAUUCACAAAUUUAUAUAAUUUCUAUUAACAAAGUGAGUUAGCCUAUCUAUGUGUGACACUUUUUUUAUAUAUUGAUGAUACUAGUAAUUUAAUUAUUACUCAUUUCAUGACAAUUUUCAUUUCUGUCAGUAUGUAUAAAACAAAAGGUAAUGCAUUAAAUAAAUUGUAUUGAACUCAUUUAAAUGCAGUUGUGUAUUUCCUUUUAUGUUCAUUGUAAAGAUAUUUAUAUUAAAAAAAACAUUUUUCAAAGGAAAAAAGAAAUGUAUGCAAAAUUUAUAUUUUGGAAAUUAUAAAUUAUAAUAAACCUAAUAUGUAGCAAUGAUGUUAAAGUUGAUUAUAAAGUAAAAAAAAAUCAUGAAAUAUUUAAAGUUGUAAUGUUAGUCAAUUUUAAUAUAUCUUUGGGGAAAGUAAAAA